AUUGGGUUCCAAUAACGUUUUAAAACUUGAUGUCAAUAUAAUUUCAACGCAUUGCAAAGCAGUUUCAUGUUGCAGGUAAGAAUGUUUAGAAAGAAAUAUGAACUAGACACGCGAUCACAUUUUAAUAAUAAUAAUAAUAAUUGUGUAAAUAUUCAUAGACACCGCGCGCGAAGGGAGGGAGGGAGUGAGCAAGGAAGGGAGGGCUUUGCUGCUUAAAAUGCUGUGAAUGUGCCAACUUGGGGAGGAAAAUGCGCGCGACAACAGCUAAGUGACGCGACACGCGCCGCUCUACAAGUUCUCGCACGCUUUUUCUGAGGCGCGAAAAACACUCGCCCUUCUGAGGGGACAAACAUGACCGUGGUGCCCGGGGAGAACCUCGACGAGACUGUGGCACUAACAGCCCUCUCCCAAGAUGUGUACGACCCCGAACGAGCUGACCAGGAGUGCUGCGAGCGGGUGGUCAUCAACAUCUCGGGGCUCCGCUUCGAAACCCAACUGAAGACAUUGGCGCAAUUCCCGUCCACCUUACUCGGCGACCCCAGGAAACGAAUGCGCUUCUUCGACCCUCUGAGGAACGAGUACUUCUUUGACAGAAACCGACCCAGUUUUGACGCCAUCCUUUACUACUAUCAGUCUGGAGGCAGGUUACGGAGACCCGUCAACGUUCCCGUGGACAUCUUUAUGGAGGAGAUUAAGUUCUACGAGUUGGGAGAAGAAGUCAUUGAGAAUUUUAAAGAGGAUGAGGGCUUCAUUAAGGAGGAAGAGCGACCUUUGCCAGAAAACGAGUUCCAGCGGCAGGUCUGGCUCUUGUUCGAGUACCCCGAGAGCUCUGGACCCGCGAGGGGUAUCGCGAUAGUGUCCGUGCUCGUCAUUUUGAUCUCAAUCGUCAUCUUUUGCUUGGAGACUUUACCAGAGUUUAGGGAAGAUGGAAAAAUGCACCAGGAGCACCUCGCGACCAACGGAACUGUUGGAUCCAAGAAGCCAAAUCCCUUCACUGACCCCUUCUUCAUUGUGGAGACCCUUUGUAUAAUUUGGUUCUCCUUUGAAUUGUUGGUGCGGUUUCUCGCGUGCCCGAGCAAGCCCGCCUUUUUCAAGAACAUCAUGAACACGAUCGACAUCGUGGCGAUUAUUCCCUACUUCAUCACCUUGGGUCUAGAGUUGGCCGAGCAUCAGGGCAACGGGCAGCAGGCCAUGUCGCUGGCCAUCCUGAGGGUCAUUCGUUUGGUGCGAGUGUUCCGCAUCUUCAAGCUCUCCAGACACUCCAAGGGGCUCCAGAUCUUGGGGAAGACCCUACAAGCGAGUAUGCGGGAACUCGGUCUUCUCAUAUUCUUCCUUUUCAUUGGAGUUAUACUGUUCUCCAGUGCCGUCUACUUCGCCGAGACGGACGACCCCGACUCGGGGUUCAGCAGCAUCCCUGAUGCCUUCUGGUGGGCAGUGGUUUCCAUGACAACUGUGGGCUACGGGGACAUGUGCCCAGUCACCAUAGGUGGCAAAAUUGUGGGCUCUUUAUGUGCGAUCGCUGGCGUGCUCACUAUUGCUCUCCCGGUGCCCGUCAUCGUGUCCAAUUUCAAUUACUUUUACCACCGGGAGACCGAGCACGAGGAGCAGUUACAGUACACGCAUGUAACAUGUGGCCAGCAGCAACCGUCAUUUGGCGAAUUUAAAAGGAACGACAGCACACCAUCCCUCUCGAAAUCAGAUUCAGAAGAUGGAGAUUCGGUCAAGUACACCAACUGCAGCCCCCAUAAAGCGUGUACAGAGAAACUUCCCGAUGUAUGAAUGUGGACAAACACAACCAAAGAAACGCACUUUUCUCUGUGAGUACAUCCUCAUCGCUCGCUCCGGCUUGAGUAGAUGUCUAAUAACCGUGAGGAACACUUUAUUUGAAAAGGCUAACAGUAUAUUUAAUGCGCGUUUAUUUUCGAAACUGUCUUGUGUUGUUGUGAUCGUCGAUCAUCGGAGCGCGCAGACGUAAAACGAAACUGUAGCUAUCUAGCCGCAAAGAAAUACAAAUAAAGAAUACGCAAAAAUAUAGGUACGUAUAUUAUAAACAAGCCCUAUUCAAUAGAUGUGUAGCACUUUAUUCAUGUAGGUUUAAUUAACAAAUUCGUUGAUGCGUUAAUUACUUAUUUUAAAAUGUAUUUAUUUUUUGCGAAUUCGACAGCUGUGCGAUAAUAACGUUUACAUACAAGUUGCUUAUUUGGAGAGAAAUAUUAGGACCAAUAUAUAUAUUUUAUAGCAUUUUUUAUUCGAUUGUUUGUUUGUUUGAUGAGGAUGACAGUUCAGUUGCAAGGUCAUUUGGAAAAACGACUUGCACCAGCAAUGGCAAUCAAUUCUAUUAGCUAUGUGCGUAGCUAUAAUGCUUUAUUUUUUUCAAGAAGAUCGGUAGAAGAGCGAACCAGCUUUAUACUGCAAUAUAUUUCAUUUUUACGGUUGUCAUAAUUGUUUCUGCAGUGACAACAAUACAUUUUGCAGCAUUGCUUUACAGGUUAUUGCUUCUUAAAAUAUUGAUCCAUUUUUAGCACUAAGUAGGAGCAAAGACAGAGCACUGCAGGGCUGAAACUUUGCUGAUCAGCAGUGAGUUUGAAAAUAACUUCAUAUUAUCAACAGAUGUGUAGGGAAUAAUGAAUGAACAGGUUGGCGCCUAAAUCGGAGUACGGUCAUUUUAAAAUCCAGUAGUGACAUCUAGUGGAGAAGGCUGAAACUGCAAGAAGAAAAUGUGUUUCCAUAGCAACCUUCCAGACUAUUCUCGAGACAUUAGGCAAUAUGUAGUUCCUUAAAUGUGUUCACAAGAAAGACUGCUGGUGCUUAUAUUCAAAACAAAAUACAUUCUUUCAUAAAUUCAGCAACAUAUUUAGCCCCAGGCAUUUCGAUGGAAUGUUAGCCUAUUAGUCGGCCUAGUUUAAAUAAAUAAAGCCAGAAAGGCUCAUUCAAAACAUCACAGAGGAUAAAACACAGUGUAAUAAUAAUAAUAAUAAUAAUAAUAAUAAUAAUAAUAUAUAAACACACACACACACACAGGCAACACCAAUCAAAAAGCAGCUAAAAAAAUUGAGAAACAUCAAUAUUUCUGCUCUGCACCAACGUCAGGAGGACAUCAUGCGUACAGCACAAAAAAGGGAUUCAUUGUGACGUCACAGUGAGGAGGGAAAACCUUGGCCGCCUAUUGGCUGGAUUAGGAGAAUCAACACCGCAGAGAAUUCCUGCAAUGUCAAUAAUGGAAUAACUAAACGUGAAAGCAAAUAUUUCCAGCCACACCACAUCAUCAACUACCUCCACAAACUUUCUGUUCUUUUAAUUGGAUUUUCACCUUAACAUGAAGGAUUUGCGCAGGAUGAGGUGCAGUUAUGAAUAUGGGUGUCUGAUAUUAUGCAGAAUAUCAUCAAGGAUAACAUGAGCCUUCAGCAAAGCAGCACCACACAACUACACAUUCACAUCUACUGUAUGGAAGUCGACAAUUUUUCUCUUUGAGAUGUACAACGCCUCAAAAGAGUUUGAUGAGGGAUAGUACUGUCAAAUGUGGAAUCUAACAGAGGAAACAUGGACAACGGGGUACUAUGGUAAAUGUAAAGAUGCUUUUUAAACUUGAAAUCACAGAUGACAUGCACAAAAAAAAUUGUUUAUUUGCUCAAAACAAAAACCUGCUAUUGGGAUGUACAGUAUGUGCGUGUGCGUGUGUGCAUAUAUGUCCUCAUACCAGCUAAGUAUAUUACGUUUAAACGUUACAUAUCGUGUGCUAUACCAAAACAAAUUAUGGUAUGUGUGGAAAGUUGGCCAUGGAAUAAAUCUUGAUUAUUAUUAUUUUAAUUUAUUCAAUUUUUACAAACAAACUCAAAAGUACAUGAAAUCAGUCAUAUAAAAUGGGAACAAUGACGACAUACAUCAAUUAUGAUAAAUUACUUGACUGUUGAGGUUAACAUUGUAAAAUAUCUAUUUUUUUAAAGUAUCAUAGGUUUUAUAUAAAAAUGGAAUCUGUUAAACUGGUGUAAGGUUAUUUUUGUAGCUUUGUUUAAAUUUUUCUAAUUGAUUUUCAGUUUUCUGUAUUUCAUUCAGUUUAUUUUGCCUACAGCGAAAAGAAUCAAAAUGUAAAAAUGAAUUACAGCACCUUUCCGCAUCGGAUGGUUUAUGCAGUACAAAUGUUUGUGUCUUUGUUUAUUUAUUUUACAAUCCUUGAUAUCAUUUCAGUAUAAUUUAUCACUUGUCAUUGAAAGCAUCUACCUCACUGUCCUGUUUGGCUGUUUUACUGCACGUUUACCUCACUGUGUUGAGUUACAUCAAGCACAUCACAGGCCAUAUUUCUGGAAGCAGCUUGAGCAUAUGUCAUGGUUUUCCUCAUGACUGUAAGCAGUGCUCCAUGUGCGGUGAUCUGGCUGUGUACAUUCUGUAAAAAGGCCAGAAAAAUAUAAAUAAUACUGACUGAUAAUGUAAUGAAAAGUCUCAAUAUGCCCCAAAACAAAAUUAAAGGUAUCGAAAAUGUAUUUUCCCUCAUGAAAUGUUUUCUGUAAUAUGGUGAUUUGUAAGGCAGUGGUUUGCACUGAACAUUGUUUUUUGUUUUGUUUUUUUUUACCCUAAUUAUACAUUGGAUAUUUAGGUAAAAUAUUGGCGGUUGCAAUGCACGAGACAAAGAGUUUCAAUAUUACUUGAGAGAUAAUUUUAUGGCAGUAGAAUUCUCUAGUAAAAGUGUAUAUAAAAUAAUAAAAUAAUAUUUAAGUAAAAUGCUUGUGUUCAGUUUAAAACAACCAACAGUUAUUCAUGAUCAUGCCUGUUCACAAGCACAAAUGUACUGUAUCAAACAUUCAUCUGUUAUUACAUGUUAGCCAAUAUCACAUAGAAACAUAUGUCUGUGUCUUAUGUCAAAUUAAUGUCCAUUAUUCUUUUAUCAUCAGUACAUUAUUGUUAAACAAAUUUCAGUUGUGUAAGUUUUGAUGGUCUUCCAUGAGAAAUCAAGAUGCUUUUACUUUAUUAUGAUUUCGUGACUGUCAUUAUUUUCUGAUAAAUAAAAAAGUGUAUCAUCUUCUCUCAGCACUUAGAUUGGAUAUUACUGUUAAAUAACAUUGUAUGGGCCAGAGCAGUGUUGGGAAACUGCAGUUUCAAUUAAAAGAUUUGCUGAUUUGUUUCAGGCAUCACUCAAAGGUUUCCCUGAAGUCCCUGCACAGCUUUUUUUGUUCAUGUUUUCAAUUACGGUACUUAGAUUGAGUCAAAUAUGGUUUAUGAUGUCACCCACCUCACAGGUUUACUCCUAAACAGAGGCUAUGUUCAGAAUAAUCUUACUGAAUACUGUGCAGUACACAUGGUAUACUCCAUAAUAUAUAUUUUUUUAAAUAGUAACUAUAUUCAGCAGACAUAGUAAGAGUACAUUAUGUUAGUAUGGUAUUCUGAACAUAGCCAUAGUUCUCUUUUAAUUUAAGUUAAUUAGUGAAUCAAAGUUUUACUGAAUCACUAAAAAGAACUAACUCAAAAGAAUGAUUCACUUGUGAAUCAGACAUCGCUACUAUUAGAAUGAUUGGCAUAGACAUUGUUAAUGAUUUUUUUUUUUUUUUUUUUUUAUCAGACCUGAUAUUUAGCGGUGAUAAAAAAAAAAAAAAAACACUUUUAUUUUUAUCUUAUUAAUGCUAUCAUUUGCAGUGUAUGUGCUGCUGUAGCCCUUGGAGAGAAGAAAUAUUCCAAAAUGUUUAUCAUGCACAUAGGCAUAGGUGUCGGGUUUACUGAACAUACAAGGGUAAAGAAACAGCUCAUCUCUCCCACAGCGGAUGUUUUAUCAUUUAUAAUGUCACCAAACUGUAAUGCCUCCAGUAACUGACUGAUCCACCUAAUAGGAGAGCCCUUUUUAGGGGAGACCGUGGGCAAUUUGUUAUUUCUUUAAUCACACUCAGAGUAGUAUAUAUAUAUUUUGCUAUAUAUUUUCAUAAAUGUUCCAUCAUAUCACUGUUGAGUGUCAAAUGCAUCUACUCACAUAUGAAAUUACACUGUUGCCUACAAAGUGUACUGUGCAAAACUAGGAUAGAAACUGUACGUGCAUAUCUAACAUGUUCCUUUAAUACCACCUUGUUAAUCAAGUGGUUUAUUCAAAUGCAAAUGCCCAUCAUUGAUGAAUACUGCUGUGAGAAAUGAUCAAACAGCGUUGCACAUUUAGUUUCUGUCUAGUUGUUACUUGUUCAUAGUAAGCAAUAAUGCAUGAUAAAUCUGUUGCUUUGCACAUGGUUAACUGGUUGUUCAUAUAAAUAUAUUUCUUUAAUAGUGCCUUAUAUCACAUGAAUGGAUAUGCUAACCCUUCCAGAUCAUGUAUAUUGAGAAGAUAAUGUCACUGAAGUUAUUUGAUUCUUUCUGUAAUAUGAAUGUAAAUGCACUCAAAGUCUGCCUUGGAUUGUAUUGUUCUUUAUUAACACAAAUGUUAACAUCCCAUGUCUUUGAUCCCCAUGUUUCAAUUUAUGCCACAAUUCAAGUCUUUAAUUGGGUCUUUCCUUUGAUUUACCUGCACAAAAUGUGAAUUAAUGAAACACAGCAAAAACUCAAUACAGAAACAUGGUCCUACAAGUGUACAAACCAUGACAUUUAUCUAGUUUCUGAAAUGCCAACAAAAUAUGGUAACACUUUAAAGUAAAAUUGGAUUAGGAUUUGAUUGAAUUAGGUAUCAGGAAAGGAUUGGAUUAGGUAUCAGGAAUGGAUUUGAUUAGGUGUCAUGAACUAACAAUGCACAAUAAUUUUUCAUUAAUGUUAUUAUACACAUAAAUAUACUACUGUUUCAUUUUUUCAUUCUUUGUGAAUUUUCCCCUAAUGUUAACAAAUUUAUUAGUAUAGAAUUAACGUUAACCAAGAUUAAUAAAUGCUGUAAAAUUGAUCAUUGUUAGUUCCUUGUCAUUGUUAGUUAAUGCAAUUGUUAACAUGCAACUAUAAAAUGAAUUUUAAAACGUUACUAAAAAUAACUAACUACUCUAAAAUGACCAAUUACUUAAGUGAAAAACUAAUCAUAUAACUAUUUACUUUACUUUAAAGUUACUUUCUAAAAGACUUUCCACUCAAUGAGUUCAAAAUAAUGUCUAUAUUUCCUCCUCGUCCAUUGUCACACACCCUUCACCUGUCAAAGAAAAUACAAACAGUCAUACAUAUGAACAAAAUUCAUAUUUUAAAUGUAUUCUACAUAAAUAAUAUUAUAUUAGAAAUAUGUGGAACCCAAGUACUUAAAAGUAAUUACCUUAAUUGAAAGAUUGUAAAUGUAAUCUGAUUACAAGAAUGUAAAAUUUAACAUUUUACACUCCAUUUUAUUUUUACUUUAAAAGUAAUAUUAUUACAGUAACUAACUAGUUUGCAUUCAGAUUACACUCAGCACUGUUAACGUGUAGGUUCCAACUGAAACUUUGAGAAGCUCCUUCCAGGAGUGAUGAUUUCUGAAAUCCUUUAUAAUCAUGCCCUUCUGGAUUGGCUGAUGCUGCUUGAUGCUCUGCCCCUUAUGGGCGCAUCAUUGCGGGCAUGUAAAUUGGAGCACAGCGUCAUUUCCUCAGGAUUUUCUGACUGAAGGUAGGAGAGCGAUCUGGGGCCCUUCACAGCAAGAAGUUAGUAGUGCUACAAAGCAAAGUUAGUAGUGUGUCACUCCCUCCUUUCAGGGAUCCAAGAUUACAGUCGUAACAGAGAAAUUGGACAAUAUGGUCAUGAGACCAGUCCAACAGCAAUGACACUAGCCAAGCAGGGUAAAGGACAUUGACAAAUCAACCUUCCUUUGCAGACAAAAUCUGGGAAGAGAGAGAAAACAUCCAAGUUAUAGAACCUGUGUGUUGGUGAAAGCCCAGUCUGCAGCCAGACAGAUGUCUUCCAAGUGUUCAAUAUACAUAUGUAAAGUCAUAAUGGGACAUAGCAUGUGCAGUCUCUUAGCCUUGUCCAACUCAAAGGGAGGAGGACAGAAAGCUUGCAAGGUAACAACCUGAGCCCCUCAAGGGGGUGGACAGCAUUUUGGGCACAUUUCCCUCUCUAGGCUUGAGAACAGAUUUUGAUAAGCCUGGUCCAAACAUGAGUCAUUGAAAAACAAGACCAGAAGGUCCCCGAUACAUUUGACUGAAGCCAAGCAAGUAUCAGCACAGUCUUCAAGGAGGGUAUGCGUGAGUUUACCACCUCUAGGACUCAAACGGGGAACCUAUCCAUACAGUAGCGAACACAUAUUUGAAUUUGAUGGCCAUUUGUGAGCUACGGCAUCCAAGCUGAUCUGUCUGAGGAUGAAGUCCCCUGUACGUCGUACGUCACAUUUAUCGACAGGAGAUAACACUUGCUCUAGAGGAGAAUCCAGCGUGCCAGAGCCAAUAUCAGGCAAGACCACACUCCUCCCCUGCGAUUGACUGCAGUGUUGUCUGUACGGAUGUGAAAGCCCCGCACCUCUCAGAGCUAAAAGGACAGCAAGAAAUUCUAGGCACUUUAUGUGCCACUUUAGCUAGCAAAGCUAAACAGCGGUGCCUCACUAGGAGAUGUAAGCGAUCAUGUUUCCACAUGUGAUGAGGGACUCUCCAGUUGACCCAGAACUGGAGAGGCCUCGUAUAUAACAAGCUCAGAGGGAUGAUGGUGGCCGUGGCUGCCAGCAACCUGAAUGCCCACUUGAACUGUCGCAGCAGUAAGGCUCUCCCUGGCUUGAAACUUGUCAAACACUAGAGGAUAGAUUGAGUUUGUCCGUCUGUCAGAGUUUCAUUCCCAAGACCCAUCCACAUAGCGGGCCAGAGGACACUGGAGUACACCUGUCCCCACUGGGGCCUGAACAUCACCAACCCUCGGCAGGAUGUUCAGUCAGUUUACCAAGUUUUAAAAACUUGAAAUUUGCUAGCUUAUGUUUGAGUCUUGGGCAACUGUAACGUGGUUUAAACACCUGGUGACUCUUUAUUGGAACAUGGUAAACAUUUUGCAUGCUGCCAACAGCAGCACAAACAGAAACAACACUGAUAGAAUGAUCUCGAUCCUGGCGUAGAAUGGCAGGGAGACCUAGAGUGUCUCGACAGGGACACGGAGAAGUGUUCCGGGCCUAUUUUAUUUAUUUAUUUGGAACCGGAGUAAACUGUUUUGUAUGCUCUAGUCCCCGCUUUACGGUUUUCAGACUACAAGGAAUUCCUGUUUCGCCCAGGAAGAGGUUUUGCACUGGGACGAGAGCUGGAGGGCGCAAUCUUGUGUUUUGGCCAUGGCCACUGGGGGCUCACAGUUGGUUCAGUCUCCAUCUUUUAAAGAGCUUGAGUGGUGGUGGCGCUUUGCUUUUUUUGCUUUUCUGCCCUAAUGAAGAGCGUGAGCGAGCCAGCUGUGCUACAGGGCCACCUCGCCUUGGCAAGAUGUGCUUUUAGGCCAGCAACUGCUUCUUAGGUGAUUGGAAUCCCUCUGUGAAAGCAUUCAUUGCAUCACCAAAGAGUCACUGCUGCGACACCAGAGUGUUCAAAGAACGGCUUUGUCUGUGUCGUGAAGCUCUGACAAAUUAAGCCAGAUAUGAUGCAAAGCUAAUGCCAGGCUUGCCAUAGAUCUGCCAAUUGCCUGGGUAGUAAUCUUGAUAUCCCGGAGCCUGACAUAAAGGCCGCUGCACUGGAGAUGUGUGUUCUCGCUGAGUAUGGAGCACACAAUGUUUGACCAGCUGGUCGAACAGCUCGGGAAAGAAUGGCACCAGAUGGCAGGACUUGAAGUCAAGAACGCUCAUGCGCAUCAACUGUGGGCCAUUCGAGCUGUAGUUUCUCGACCGCCUUGAAGAGAACCUCCAUUAAUUUAGCGUCAGAGGCAGAUCUCACUUGGUUUUUCAGCCCGCAGGGGAAAAUACCAUCAAACUCAUCGACUGAGUGUGACCAGGUCUCGCCGUCAGAGGCCUGGCGAUAUAUCGUCACCGGCAAACUUGAUCACACUUUUCGGACCAGUGGUGGGGAAAGAUCUUCACGGACAUACUGAAUGGGUGAAGCCGCUUGAUGUGGAGAAGAGGACACACCCAAGGCCUGAGAUUGUGAAAAAUCAUCUUUAAAAUCUCUGUGCUCUACAUCCUGGCCUUGCACGCCACCUCAGUGGCAGAAGGUGGGGGGACCACCGUCAUCCUUCAAAAAUCGAGCCGAAAGCAAAGCAUUUUGAGUUUCAUGCAUACACAGUGAACGCAAUCAGUCUCACUGAGCGCUGCUUCCACGUCAGCUUGGCCUAGGCAAACAAAGCUGCGCACAUGACAAUGGAAAAUAUCACUCGUAUGGAGAAAAACAUUGCGAAACACCAUCUUUUUAAAGACAUUGUUAAGCAAAAUGCUUUUUUAGUUUCUUUUUCAAUUAAAGAAACACAAUGCAAUAAUAUGAAACACUGAAGUGUUCAAAAGAUACGCUGUUAAUCGGAGCACAACAGGGAGAAGAAUAAAUAUCCACUCGCUGUGAAGGGGUGCAAAUCCAAAUGAUGAAUUGAAGAGUCAGGUUUCCAGAGCACGGGAGAUAUAAUCACAAUGCGCUGCAUUCUGGUUUAUGUGCCCACAAUGAUGCACACAAGAGGGGCAGAGCAUCAAGCACCAUCUGCGAAUCCAUAUUGGCAUGAUUCUAAAGGGUUUCAGAGAUGGUCACUCCUGGGAGGAGUUUCCCAUAGCGUUAGCUACUGUAGCAGCGUUGAAGUGAAUGACUUGAAAGGGAACUAAUUAAGUGUUAAAUAAAAUGCUUUAGCAUUACCCCAUAAAAGAAUGAUCAGAUUUGUAUUUAGUUUAACAAUAAGAGUAUGAUAAAAAUACAAAGAACUUAAACUACCAACAGUCUCCAUUGAGUCAUCAUGAGUUUUUAUAUCGCUUGUAUUUUUGUGUGUGUGUAAAUGUGUGUAGUUCAGCUAGCCCUAUCACAAGAGCCUUAGCACUCUGUAACAUGUUAAAUCCAUACAAACAUGUCUAAUAUGUCUAUUAUGAUGUGAGUUUGUGUACUAACUAUCUGUCAUGUUCUAACUGCCUCUGUAAAACAAUCAUUAGAAUAAUUGUAUUGUGUAAAAUUCAUCAGAGACCUUAAACUUAUAUGACUUUGAAUCAGGAGUCCAGUAGUGUCUACUGUCUAGUGUACUUACCCAACAGGGGGAUGAAUUCAAUGUUUAGUUCAUUAUGUAAAUGUAUAGCAUACAGUAAUUUGGCAAAAUAUGUUGUUAUAGAGUUACUUGAGGUAAUAUCUCUAUAUAUUUUAACCAUAAACGUACAUAAUGUAUGCA